AGGAUAAGAAGCGAAAGCCCUUAAAAUUAGCGGUGUUGUUAAUGGGAAGAGCUUUCAAAGCGAACCCUUUAUCUUUAAGCCUUCCUGACCCGGCAUUCGAGUCAUGGCUACGUGACUCCGGCUACCUUGAAAUUCUCGACACCAACUCCGCUGCCUUGGCCGUUACUCCCUCCACCUCCGCAACUACCACAACUUCCACCAUUAUCCACAGCCUUUUUCAUUAUUUAUGGGCCUUUUUUUCUCUCCUCACAGUUAACCCCUUUGCUAAGCUCACCACCGAUGAUUUCUCCGCCCGCAGCCCCUCUUGGACUCGCGAGUUUCUUGGCUUCGCUGGCUCUUACUCUUUCCCCUCGUCGCCUGACACUCUCAAAUUGAGGGUUCAAGAGAACGUCAAAAGAUAUGCCAGAAAUUAUGCUACUUUGUUUAUUCUCUUCUUUGCCUGCUCCUUGUAUCAGAUGCCGCUGGCUCUUCUUGGGUUGAUCAUAAGUUUGGCGAUUUGGGAUUUGUUCAAGUUCUGUAGUGAUAACUGGAAAUUUGAUGGAUAUCCAGUAUUUCGGCAAGUUCUGGUUCGUAUUGUGCAAUGCGCUGCUGUGAUUAUUUUGAUAUAUUUAAAUGUUCAGAUGGCUCUCUUCUGUGCCCUCUCUGUCAGUUAUGCAGUUAUGAUUUUGCAUGCUGCAUUCCGGAAACUUGCUCCUCAAAAGCAACCUUCUCGAGGCAGGUAACAAUAAAUAAAUGAUGAUAGGGUUUGGUUUUGCUGCAACAGAUCAACAAGUUUACUUGCUAUGAAAAUAGCUUGGAGUUAAAAUUUUAUUACAGGCAUCCUUAUUUUUAUGUACCAGUGUGGCUUUUGUGCAAGCAAAGCUUUUCUAAAACCAAAAAAUAAAAAUAAAAAUCACAAACUGCUUUGCAAGCCAUACACUGUAGGUUUAUGAGAUAGAUUCUGAUUCAAUAUGACAUUAUAUCUGUAAGCAUAAUAUAUGUUGGUAGCUUACUGCAAUUCCAAUCCCCUGGAACUUGAGAUUUCAUGUUAUUUUCUGGAGUUAUUGAUUCCAGAGCAGGAAUAGUGCAACCCUUCAAUUUUUGUGGCAAACCGAACUUGUUCUGAUAUGGAGGAUCAUAUCAGUAAGAGCAUUUUACAGCUCUUUGUAAUGCUUUUGGACAUGAAUGCAAGUAUUUUAAUGCUAUAA